AUGAAUGCGCCAGAGCCUGAGCAGACCCCCUUCGAGGCUGUCAGUGUCCACACUUCAAAGAUUCAGCGAAAAUACCAAGCUUUGUUGGACCAGUCAACCCCUUUCGUUCUCUACAGAUGGAUCGGUACGGUUGUCUGCCUCAUGCUUUUCUUCCUGCGAAUCUUGGUUGCGCAGGGCUGGUACAUCGUUGCCUAUGCGCUCGGCAUCUACCUUCUGAACCUGUUUCUUGCUUUCCUGCAGCCCAAAUUCGAUCCUUCCAAUGAAGAGGCCGACAAUGAUAUGGAGGAUGGCUCUGUAGGCACCCUACCUACCAAGUCCGACGAGGAAUUCAAGCCCUUCAUCCGCCGACUUCCCGAGUUCAAGUUCUGGUACUGGGCCACCCGCGCCAUUGUCAUCGGCUUUACCUGUAGUUGGUUCGAGGUCUUCAACGUGCCAGUUUUCUGGCCCGUUCUGGUCAUGUACUGGUUCAUCCUUUUCUUCUUGACCAUGCGCAAGCAAAUCCAGCACAUGAUCAAGUACCGCUACGUCCCCUUCACCGUUGGCAAGAAGAACUACGCCAAGAACAGUUCGUAA